AUGAAAUUGCAAGAUCUAACGUUCUCCACAACUGAGGACGAAAAGUUAAAAGAAGGUGAAUGUCAAAUCAUGACAGAUUAUCACUACUUUACGAUCAAAUUCGGCAUAAUGAACAUCGAAUUAACGCCCGAAUUAGUCCAUUCUCUUCCGAAAGAAAUGUUGCUCAAGCUAUCAACGAGCCAAUUGUUCAGAUACUGGAAAGACGUAAGGAGUGAGUAUAAGGAAGAUGAAGAAGUAUUGGAAAGGUUACCGUGCUUGGAGCAUUACAACAGACCAGAAAGUCCCACUCACAUCGAUGGACCGGCGCCAGCCAAAUAUAAAUGUUACACCUGUCUUAUGAACAAAUAA